AUGAUUUCUCCAUUGAAAAGUGUCCACUUUCAUCCAGUUGGUAAACUUAUUUCAAUUCUAAUUGUGAUAAUACCUCUGAUUAAUUGUAACAGUACAGCAAUUGACCCUCCCAACGAUUCUUAUAAUAAUAAAAAUCUAACUGAAAAUGGGACAACUGAAAAGCCGAAACUUAAUUAUUCAAGUCAACUAAAUAAUUCCUCAAAAGUGCUUAAUAGCAAUGGAAAACAGGAGCGAAACUUAGAUGUUGAUGAUUCAAAUGAAGAGAAACCUAAUGUAACUGACUAUCAAAUGCCCGAUACAUUGAGGUCAUUUUUAAACGCGCUACCAAGUUAUAGUAUUCUCAUUAAUCCGGUUGUCCAGUUCCACAAUGAAACUGAUUUUAACGUCACAAUGGUUACUAAGAUUAUCCAUUCAUUUAACAAUUCACCGCCAGUUAUUUAUCCUGUUGAUUCUAUGAACAUGAAUGAAAACGAAGUACGUAAAAUGUUGGCUGGUCUCAGUUUAUCUUCCGAUGUUAAUGACCUGAAAAAGCUCGAGGAAGUCAGAAUUGAUACAAGAGCUUUGAUUGCAAAUUUUAACAAUCAAACCUCGAAAAGUUUCAAUGUCUCCGAUUUGUCAAUCAACGCGACCAAUGACACUAAAACUACACCGAUUGUAUCUGAGCCAACUGCAUCUACUUUUAAAACGAAUGUUACAAAUUCAAUAAGUACAACUACGAGCCUUCCUCUUGUCACUCGAGCUGUUCCACCUUCAACCUCAACCUCAACAUCCAGUCCAGUUUCUGAAGCACCAACAACCAGCAAACCUGAUCCGAAAUUGAAUUCACUUGUUGAUGAAUUAUCGGAUAAAGUGAACUUUAAAUUGCGACCUGUUCCAGAGACAGUUUGGACUCCUGAAGGACUUAAACCAAACAAUCAAAGCUCAAGAAACAACGAUAUUGAGAUAAAUAAUGAAAGGAGAACAGAAAAUAAUCAAAUCAAACCCGAAACAAUUAAACCGAUCAAUCCAUUAGUACUUAAACAAAUUGAAAAAUUAUUGCAUCAUAACAGCAAUCAACGUCAACCCCAACCCCAACCCCAGCCCCAACCCCAACCACAACCCCAACCACAACCCCAACCCCAACCACAACCUCAACCACAACCUCAACUUCAGCCUAUUCAGCCUAUUCAGCCUAUUCAACCAAUGAUAUUAGAUAAUAUUUAUAAACACCCACUUCCUCCUCAAUCAAAUGGACAAUAUAAUUACAACAGAUUUAACAACAAUCAGAAUACUGGAAACAUAAUUAACACUCGAGGACAAAAUGUAAAAAUCCCCAGCCCUCCACCUCCAGUAAAUGUCCGUAAUAAUGUUGCAGGUCAAUAUCAACCUCCGAUUGUUGGACAUUACCAACCACGUCCAAAUAAUGAUCCAAGUGUACCUUAUGCCAUUGAAGAGAUUGUCCAUUCACAAAGUCCAAGAAUUAACCAACGGGACUCUAAAGAAAUGGAACCAGAACUUUUCGUUAAAAUAAUUCGUCAUUAUUUCACCAAUACCUUAACUCCAAGUGUAACUAAACGAACCUUCAUCAGGCAAGCGCCUAAAAUGUUACCAUUAACUGUUAACGCGUGGAGAUCACAAUUAUUCAGACCAUUUAACCACCGAAAUAAUUAA